CCGAUGCGGAUCGGCAAGGGUUAAAAGCGGUGAGUGAAGGCGGAGGAGGCGGCCACUCAGGAGCGAACCAUAUAGGGUGUAAGGAAAGGCAGCUAUUUCUAUUAUAUAUUCAAGUAUUAUGCAGAUGUAUCUGUGUUGCCAACAGCACAUCUAAGGACUGCUGACUAAAUAGAAAGAGGGGGUUGUAUACCCAGCUUUAAAAAAAUAUGGGUAAAAAUACAGUUGUGUAUCUGGUGUUUUUCUUAACACCUUUAACUGCAAGCCCAUGUGUACAGCGCUCACAGGACAAAAUAGACUGUCGUAACAAAGGACUCCAGCAAAUCCCUACUUCACUCCCUGAGGGCAUCCAAUAUUUGGACCUCUCCAAUAACUCCAUCCAUGUCUCUCAGUCUCUUCCAAAAAGUCUUUCCGAGCUUCGUUUCUUGAAUCUCUCCCAUAACCCACUUAAAGUUCUUCCAUCAGGGGCAUUUCAAAAUUUACCUCAUCUUCAAAUUUUGGAUAUGAGCAGCAGCAGCAUUGUUAGUCUAGAUCCCCAUGUCUUUAAGGGACUCAGCAGUCUUAAAACACUAAUACUUAGCAACAACAGCUUCAGAACAUUCAGUCUGGCAGACCUUCCUAUACUGACCCUUCUAGACAUGAGAGGAACUUUGCUUAUAUCACAUGGAUUUCAGCAAAGCAAAAGACAUUGGCUUUCCCAGUUGCUGACAGACAAUGGGUUUUGUGAGUGCACAUCAGAGAAAACUCAUCAAGAUCCUGAUCAGUAUGGCCUUUUUUGUUCCUGUCCAAGGCAUCUGAAUGAGGAAAAAAUGUUAUCUGGACCUAGAGCUAACAUCCGCUUUGCCCGUGAGGUUACCAAUAAUACAUCAUUGAACCUCACUUCUCCUGCACCUGACACAGCAAAGUCAAAUGGCAGAAGCUGGCCCUACCUAGUUGGAUUUAUUGUAAUUGCUAUCUGCUUGUCCCUUAUCAUUGCGCUGGCUGCCAAGUGCAAUGUAUUCCAUCGUUACCUCCGCAGCUACCGCCAUCGUCCUUUGCCAGAAAAUGACUGGAUUAAUCAGUCACAAACAGAACUUCCAGGGGUACCACUGCCUCCAAAUGAGGAUGAAGAUGGAUUUAUAGAGGACAAUUACAUCCAGCCAGAAGAUCAUCACGAGGAGGAAGAUGACAAUAUUGAGAGGAUUUAUGAUAUCUAAUAUGCAACUAAAAUAGAGGGUUCAAAGCAUACAAUAAAUAUAAUACACACUCCUUACACUAUAGGUCAAGGGCUGAGGAAAAGAAAGAGAUGUAACUAUAUGUGUGUAGACCGAAAUUUUAUGAAUACAUACACCCACCAUUAUAUAUGUAAAUAUUGAUCAUGUUACUACUUCUGGACCGGUGCCUAAGUUUAUUUUGACUGUGAUAAGAUGGCGAUAAAUUUUCCAAUUUUUUUAAAAAUUUCUUUGACUAAACACCCAGUUCAAUAAAUGGCUUAAUGUGUUUUCCCUA